CAAAUCAAGAUUCUUUUUCAGGCCGAGGAUGGGAAAAAGCACUUUCCGAAGAUUGGACUCCUAUUAUUUCCUUACAUCGCUAUGGAGAUAAAUUAUACUACAUGGGAACUCAGUUCACAGCGACGUGGCACCAAGCAUCAGAAUUUUGUGAGAGGAUACAUAUGACCCUUGUAACGAUACGAUCUCGAGAGGAAAAUGAGCGAAUAUUCAAAUAUAUCAGAGAAGCAAGUAAAGGUUACCAGUACUGGACUGGAGGUUCAAGAUUGGUAGAUGGUUACAACUGGCUUUGGCUAGCUUAUGGAGAAACGAUUGAUUAUACAAAUUGGGGUGCUGGUGAACCAGGAAACAUUAACGAAAAGUGUUUACAGUUGUGGUGGAGAAGAAACAGUCUAGAGUGGAAUGACAGGCAUUGUGAUACUCGAUUUUAUUUCAUAUGUGAAAGAUCAAAAAGUCUACCUGGUGUCGGAGGAACAUUUUGAAAACAUCAACGCAUACAUGGGACUAUCAAUUUUCAAUUUUACCAUCAUAGAAUUUAUGUUUGCAAAUCAUAUGAAAAUAAAGAGAAUAUUCUGCUACAAAGUAUUCUGUUAAAUAUUUUUCUAUCAAA